UGGCGCUGAUUUCAAUAUUUUUACCUUAUUACUGUCCUUCUCCUACUACAUGCUUAUAAAUCGUAUAAUUUUAUUUAUCAAUAAAUCAAAUCUAUACGUGUAUGAUUAUUUCAAAUAUCGAUUAAGUUAUAUUGUAAAAAAAAAAUAGUGCUUAUAUUAUACGAAUUUUAGAAUGUAUAUUCAUAGUUUUUACGAAAUAAAAUAAUAUAAUUUUUUGUCAAUUUUUAUUAACUUAAAACAAAAUAUUAUAUUUAUUAUCAUAUUAUAAAAAGAUUAAUACAAAUUUCUAUUAUGAAAUUUAAUAAAAUGUACAAAUAUGUUCGUUUAUUUUCAACUGAACAUAUCGUACCAAGAGUGUGUAUUAUUGGUGCGGGACCAGCAGGAUUUUAUACCGCGCAACAAUUAUUAAAAACAAUUAAUAAUGUAAGAGUGGAUUUAUUGGAAAAAUUACCAGUGCCAUAUGGUUUAGUACGUUUUGGUGUAGCUCCAGAUCAUCCAGAAGUGAAGAAUGUUAUUCAUACAUUUGAAAAAACUGCAUCUAAUCCACGUUUUCGGUUUAUAGGGAAUGUUAAUAUAGGAAAAGAUAUUACCAUAAAAGAAUUACAAGAAAUUUAUCAUGUAGUUGUAUUAGCAUAUGGUGCAGAAGAAGAUAAAACAUUAAAUAUACCUGGAGAAAAUUUAAAUAAUGUAAUAUCAGGAAAACGAUUUGUUGGUUGGUAUAAUGGAGUACCUGCAGAUAGUAAUUUGAAUAUUAAUUUAGAUGUAGAAGAAGCCGUUAUAUUAGGACAAGGUAAUGUUGCUAUAGAUAUUGCAAGAAUUUUAUUAACACCAAUUGAUAAGUUAAAGAAUACUGAUAUAACAUCACAUUCUUUAGAAAAAUUGUCAAAGAGUAAAGUACGUAAAGUAUCAUUAAUAGGAAGAAGGGGACCAUUACAAGCAGCAUUUACAAUUGCUGAAUUACGAGAAAUAUUAAAAUUAAGUAAUUGUGAGACUUAUUGGCGUAAAGAUGAUUUUAUAAAUGUAAAACAAGUAGUUAAUACUUUAACAAGACCACGAAAAAGAUUAACUGAACUUAUGCUAGAAUAUUUAGAAAAAAUACCUUUAGAUACAAGAACAAAAGAAUUAUAUAUAUUAUUUUUAAGAAGUCCUGUGAAAUUGUUAGGUUCUAGCAACAUAAAUGGAGUUAAAUUGUCAAUAAAUAAACUUGAAGGUAAUGAUAUAUCUUCACAACUUGCUAUACCUACUGGAUUAUUUGAAGAAAUUGAAUGUGGCCUAGCAUUUCGCAGUAUUGGUUAUAAAUCUAUUCCAAUAGAUGUAUCAAUACCAUUUGAUAAAAAGAUUGGUCGCAUUAAAAAUAUAGCUGGAAAAGUCCAAGAAAAUCUUUAUGCUGCAGGUUGGGUUGCAACAGGUCCAAUAGGAGUUAUAUUAUCAACAAUGACGAAUGCAUUUCAAGUUGGUACAUUAAUAAAUAGAGAAUUAUCAAUUACAGAAAACAAGUCAGGUUUUGCAGGUUUGUCGAAAAUACUUGAUCAUAAAGGAGUACCUACAGUAUCAUAUAAUGAUUGGAAAAAAAUUGAUAAAGUUGAAUGUGAAAGAGGAAAAAUAUUAGGAAAACCAAGAGAAAAAAUAAUUGAUAUUAAUGAAAUGCUAAAAAUUGCAUUAAAAUGAUAUAAGUAUAAAAAAUAAAUAAAUACUAAACUUUUUUUAUUUUUCAAUAAUUCAUCAUAUAUGAUUAUUAAUAAAAUAAUUUUAAAUUAUAAAAAAUUUAUAUCUAAUUUAAUAUUCUUCAAUAUAAGUAUCUAUUUAAAAUCUAAUAAGUAUCUAAUUCAUUUUAAUUAUAAGCAAUAUUAUAAUUACUAUAUAUUUAUAUUAUAAAUAUAUUUUUGACAAAAAUAUUUAAAAUAAAUAAAUUUUUAUUUUAAAUAAAA